UCAGGGCGCCAGGCCCACGUACAGCAGGACAGCACUCGCGGGCACUGCUGGAUGGGCCGCCGGCCGCCGAGGGCCUGCACAGGGUGCAGCAAUGCUUAUCUCCACGGCCUCGAUGCCCCCUGAGGCGGCUGGCUCGUGUUCCCAGGGGCCUCCUGGUCCCCCACCGCCCCUGCUGCCCAAGCCUGGGAAGGACAACAUGCGUCUGCAGAGGCUGCUGAGGAAGGCGGCCCGGAAGAAGGUGAUGGGGGGCGGGCCCUCUGCCCCACCAGGGGCUUUUCGUGCCUCCCUGUCCCCCGUGAGCGAGGCCAGCCAUGACCAAGAGACCACGGCCCCACGCCCUGCCGAGACCUGGUGUGUGGCGUCCACCCUGGCCGGCGCCCCGCACACGCCUGUCAUCCACCAUGUGGCGUCACCCCCGCAGAAGCCCUCCGCCUCCUCCCUCAGCUUCACCCAGUGCAGGAGCCUGGCAGCUCAUGUCAAGGCCCCGGGGCCCCAGCCCACAGCCCCAGAAGCCCCCUGGCCCCCCAGUGGCUCUGACCAAGUCUUGGGCCCUGCAGUGGGGGGCACCCACGUCAGUCAAGUACACAUCCAGCUGGUGCCGUCCCCACGGGCUGGGACCCCUGAGCCUCCUCGGAUGGCCCCAGAUGGGGGCCCUGGCGGCCAGGACCAAGGCACAGUCUCUUGCCCUCCUGGGUCCCAGCCCUCCAUCCCGGUGGCCCACAUCCGCCCACUUCCCACCAGGGCCGCAGCUGCCAGGCCCUGGCCUGAGGUGCCCCCUGUGCCCAAGCCGCCUCCCUGCUUCCAGGCCUCAGGGCCCAGAGAGGGCAGCAGCCGGGUCGUGGUGCCCGUAGUCCCCAUCUGCUCGCCGGGACCCUCACCUUACAGGCCAGCCCCUGCGGCCCCCGACACUGAGGACCCCCCCACGGCUGUCCCUGGUGCUGAGGCCAAACAGGUCUCCAGCCUCCAAGGGGCCUCAGCCCCCACCCCACCGUCAGGCCCGCACCCUUGCCCUGUCCCCAAAGUCGUGCCCAAGCCUCGGCUCAGCGGCUGGACACGCCUCAAGAAGCAGCUGAUGCAGGAGGCGGAGGAGCCCCCGUUCCUGGGCCCUGAGCAGAAGCCUGAGCGCACGGAGCAGGAGGUGGCAGCCCCCGCCCACUGGACACCCCGGCCCCCCGCCUCCCGGGCCUCCAGGCUGUGGGACGCAGUGCUGUACCGCGUGUCGGUGGCCGAGUCCCGCGGUGGUGGCCCUGAGGGGCCCAGGGACGAGGGGCGCUCCCUGGCCAGCCUCAGCCGCCUGCCUUUCCUGUACCGGCCCCACUUCAACGCCCGGAAGCUGCAGGAAGUGGCCACCCGGGCCCCCCCGACCAUCCCCUCGGUCUUGGAGCUGAGCCCCCAGCCCAAGAACUUCAACCGGACGGCAACCGGCUGGAGGUUCCGGUGA